AUGGCCCGCACACGGAGGGGCGUCAAGUUCCCUCACAAGGCCAAUGGUCACGGUGAGGGGCGCCGCUCCAGCUUCAGCGAUGUCAGCGAAGAUGGUUCGCCCACCAAGCAAAGGUCUGGCGCAGCCUUGGAGAACAUUGUAGAGCAACCUCAAUCACCCGAGGAGGAAAAGCGAGCCGCCUACGAGAAGAAGAAGGCCAACUUCCUGACCCGUACCUUCUGGACCUUUGUCAUGUUCGCUGGCUUCUUCACUGCUCUCUUCAUGGGCCACAUCUACAUCAUCUGCAUCAUGACUGCUAUCCAGAUCAUCUCUUUCAAGGAGGUUAUCGCCAUCGCCAGCGUACCCAGCCGCGCCCGCCAGCUACGCUCCUCCAAGAGCCUCAACUGGUACUGGCUGGCAACCACCAUGUACUUCCUCUACGGCGAGAGCGUCAUCUACUACUUCAAGCACAUCGUCUUGGUUGACAAGGUUCUGCUGCCUUUGGCAACCCACCACCGCUUCAUUAGCUUCAUCCUGUACAUCUUUGGCUUCGUCUUCUUCGUCACCUCUCUCCAAAAUGGUCACUACAAGUUUCAGUUCACCCAGUUCGCAUGGACGCACAUGGCCCUGUACCUCAUUGUCGUCCAGGCUCACUUCAUCAUGAACAACGUCUUCGAGGGCAUGAUCUGGUUCUUCCUCCCAGCCGCCAUGGUUAUCACCAACGAUAUCUGGGCCUACCUUUGCGGCAUCACCUUUGGCCGCACCCAACUCAUCGCCCUCUCCCCCAAGAAGACUGUCGAGGGUUUUGUCGGCGCUUGGGCCUUCACCAUCUUGUUUGGCAUGCUUCUGACCAACGUCUUGAUGCGCUCCGACUUCUUCUUGUGCCCAGUCAACGAUCUCGGCGCGAACAUUUUUACUGGUCUUGAGUGUACCCGGAACCCCGUCUUCAUCCCCAAGACGUACAGCCUGCCUCCUUUGUUCUUCCUGCCACCCAACAUGCACCAGACCUUCUCCUUCACUGUGGCUCCAAUGCAGCUGCACACUUUGGUAUUGGCCACCUUUGCCUCUCUCAUCGCACCUUUCGGCGGUUUCUUCGCUUCUGGGCUCAAGCGCACUUUCAAGAUCAAGGACUUUGGCGACUCCAUUCCGGGACACGGCGGUAUGACGGAUCGCAUGGAUUGCCAGUUCAUCAUGGGCUUCUUCACCUACAUGUACUAUCAUUCCUUUAUUGCUCUUCACAAGGUCAAUCUCGGCAGCGUCAUGGAGAUGGCCGUCACUGGCUUGACCGUCGAGGAGCAGCUCGAGUUGGUGAGAGGCAUGGGUCGCUAUCUUAGCAACCAAGGUGUUUGGGGAGAUGAGAUUAUCCAGUGUCUGGACAAGGCGUUGCAGGCCAAGCGACCCACCAUGGCUCCGUCUGCCGUUGUCAGCGACACCGAGUCCAUCGAGGCCCGCGCCGCCGCCAUCGUCCCCAAGGAGGUAUCGCACACCAAGCACGGCCAUGAGCUCGCCAACAAGACGCCUUUGCAGGCCAUGUCCCAUGGCGAUGUCGCUCUCGCCGGUAUCCCCAAGUUCCCCGACUUCGCCUCCCAGCGUCAAUGGCAACUCGAGCACAUGGCCGCCGCUUUCCGCCACUGGUACCGUGAAGACUACAUCGAAGGCAUGAGCGGCCACAUCUCCGUCAGAGACCCCGAACACCACGACGCCUUCUGGACGAACCCUCUCGGCAAACACUUUGGUCUGCUCAAGGCCAGCGACAUGAUCCUCGUUAACCUCGACGGCGAGGUUAUCGGCGGCAACCGCAGCAAGCCCCCCAACACGGCUGGCUUCUUGAUCCACGCUGCCGUGCACAAGGCUCGCCCCGACGUUCACGCCGUGUGCCACAACCACAGCAUCCAUGGCAAGGCCUGGUCGGUCUUUGGACGUAGGCUGGAGAUGCUGACCCAGGACUCCUGCAAGUUCCUUGGCGAAGCGCACAGCGUUUACAACAGCUACGGCGGUGUCGUUCUGGGUCCUGAGGAGGGUGAGCUGAUCGCCCAGGCAUUGGGUCCCAAGGGCAAGGGCUGCAUUCUGCGAAACCACGGCCUGCUGACGGUUGGACGCACCGUUGAUGAGGCUGCCUUUUUGUACACCUCCAUGGAGCGCAGCUGUCGCGUGCAGCUCCUGGCCGAGGCUGCCGGCGCCAACGGGUUGGCAAAGGUUCCCAUCACGGAUGAGGAGGCGCAGUUCAACUUCGACGUUGAGAGUGACCCGGAAAUUUGCUACUGCGAAUUCCAAGUCUACUACGACCUGGAGGAUGAGUUGACAAACGGCGCCUUCAAGAACUAA